CCUCCUCCUACUCCACUACCGCCUCGUCCUCCUCCUCCGGUUCCUCCUCCAACCGUCUUCACUUGGUUUAAAAAAAAAAAAAAAAAAAAGCCACCAAGGAGACAAGACUAUAUUCUUCCUGCCAGCGGUCAAAGGGAUCAAAACAAUCUAAUCAACAUCAGCACAGGACUGGACCCUCAAGGAUGCUACUCCAGCACUGAGGCUACUAGACGGUCCAAACAGCCGCUGCCAAUAUGUUCAGGCGAGGUUAUGGUGGGGUGGAGUUACUGUUGGUGCUGUGGGGCCUGGAUCUUUCUUCACCCUGCCCUCGCCACUGCAUCUGCUACACUUCACCUAGCACCGUCUCCUGCCAGGCCCACAACUUCCAUGCUGUGCGAGGCAUCCCUGCUCAGAGCGAGCGUGUUUUCUUGCAAAACAACAAGAUCCAGCGACUACUUCGAGGCCACUUCUCGCCCACUACCACAAUGCUGUGGCUUUACUCCAACAACAUCUCUUAUAUACAACCAUCCACCUUCCAUGGCUUUGACCGCCUAGAAGAGCUCGAUCUUGGGGACCACCGACACCUGAAGGCCAUUGCCUCAGACACCUUCCUGGGCCUUGGUCGGCUACAUGCCCUUCAUCUAUACCACUGUGGCCUGAUCACCCUCCCUCAAGGGAUCUUUGCAGGCUUACAUAAUCUCCAGUAUCUCUAUCUACAGGAUAACCAGUUAGAGUUCCUCGAAGACGAUCUGUUCAUCGACCUACUGAAUCUCAGUCAUCUCUUCCUGCAUGGCAAUCGUCUAUGGAGCCUCCGCCAGAACACCUUCCGAGGUCUAGGAGUCUUAGACCGGCUCCUUCUCCACCAGAACCGAAUCCAGUGGGUUGAUCGUCAGGCUUUCCAUGACCUGCGGCGUCUCACCACGCUGUAUCUAUUUAAUAACUCCCUGACGGAGCUCUCCGGUGCCACCCUGACUCUUCUGCCUGCCCUGGAGUACCUGCGACUCAACGAUAAUCCCUGGGAGUGUGACUGCAAGGCCCUGUCACUUUGGGAUUGGCUGCGGAGGUUCAGAGGCUCCACCUCCUCUCUGGUGUGCAUUUCACCACCAGAGCUGGAGGGGAGGGACCUGAAAACGCUCAAGAAAGAGGAGCUCCCCAGUUGCAUGUCAGGCGAGAGUCAUGCACAUGGUGCCCCAGGUAGGGAGAUUGAGCAUGGAGAGUCUUUAAACCAUCUAAAUCGUCACAGAAACCAUCACAACCACCAUCAGCGGCCGUACUUGCCCCACGGGGACCAGUACAGCUUGCCUUCACCCUCACCCCUACCACGACCACCGAAGGGAGGCCGCAGAAACUGUACCCGCCGUGGCCGCAAGGCAAAGGGGGGACUCAAUGAGGUGCAGGUACUUCGGGAGGUGGAUGAGAAAGACUAUACUCCAGAUGGAGAUAAAUAUGACCUGUCUACCACAGCAAGGAGGAAGAACAAGUGCAUCCCCAGAACUUCCGUCGGCCCACCAAUUGGGGUCCAGAGAGCUAAUAAUAAAGCAGGGUCGCAUCAUGCAGAUUAUAUUUCGUGUUUCUCAUCAGCUCUGCUGCUGUCACUCUACUUUGUGAUCGUACGCUGAGACAGGAAAUGGACACUAUUGUGCUGGUGAUGCAAUCUUAUGAAUCAUUCUCCUGAAUCACCUUGUUCUGGCUCUUUAAAUGAGGCAUGUGCACAUAAAUGUGUAUGUAAAUGACUGUGUAUAAAGAACAUCACUGAGAAUCCCUGUGGUAUUAAUGCGGGGAUCAUUCUGAGUCCUAAUCAAUACAUGUUAGUCAGGGAAAACUAUUUUGCCCAUUGCUUUGAUGAUGUCACCAAGGGAAACAACAGGAAAACUUUUGUGUCUCUAGCAUUGAUUGUUUCACUGAAUUUAUGUACAGCCACAUAAAAUAACUAGCCAGUAAUUGAGCAACAAGAACACACGGUAAGCAUCCAAACAGUUCAUGGCUUGGUCUCUGUGUUUAACCCUUGUGUCAUGAGAGCACUCUCAGCCACGACCUCCAUUUGUCAGUCAUGUUGAGAGGAAGACGUACUCUUUUGUAGCUGUCACCGUGUUCACUCAACAAUACCUUAACAUUAAGAAGCAAAAUACUGCAGACACAAGUGGCAGGAAAAUGAAUCAUUGUGAAACAUUUUUAGCAGUAAUAGCUAUAAUCAUUAUAUACCUACAAAUAAAGAGGAUUUACUUCAAUGUGUCAGGAUAAUGUAUGUCUGUAUUCUUAACUUUUAGUCUAAAUUCUAAAAGUACCACAGAAAUUCUUACACAACUUUUCUCCUGUCAAACCUUCAAACUGUUGAAAACCAUCAUUUGUCCUUGCCCUUUCAUCGGAACUUCAAAAAGCCAUUCAGAUACAACCAGUCAUUCUUGGAACCAGCUGGUAACAGUCAGUGUAAAUGAAUGCGAGCGAGUGACUGAACAAAGUG